AUGUUGCUCAAUUGCGGAACCACAACACUGACCAUAGACCAGGAGUCCUUCCACGAUAGUCUGAACCAAGACUUUGAACUCUUUUCGUCGGAGACACAAGCCGAUAACCAACAACUUGGUCUCAGCACACCACUACCAGUAACCCGCCCAGCGUCCAUUGGAAAGAGGUCUCCAUAUGAUCAAUAUGGAGCAGAGAGUAUGACGCUGCCCAUCAAGAACGAAGAAGCAUGGCUGGCUUGGUGCCGUAAUGGUACCGUCCAAGACAUGCAUACCCUGCCCGUGGUCAAAGUCAAACCUAAGCCUUCGAUCAGUGACAGUGGCUAUGGCUCUGUAGAUUAUACCGACAGACAUGGUGACGGGGCUGGACCAGAUGCCCCUCCAAAUACCAUCGGGUCAGCACACAGCCAGGUCCCAGAGUACUGCGAGAUCUGUUACGAGGAGUCAGAGAAGCGUCGUUACUUCAGUAACAACGCGGAUAGAAGGAAGCACAUGCUGACACACACUCGUCCUUUCAAGUGUGAUGUGCCCGGAUGCGACAACCACAACGGCUUUGCUUCUCCACAUGACCUAGCACGGCACAAGAAGACAUGUCACAGUAUGUUGACUGUAAAAACCUCGAAAUUCUACUAUCGAUGUGCUGCUCCUUCUUGCCAGAAGAAAGAGAAAAUAUGGCCACGAAAAGACAACUUCAAGGCUCAUCUCGAGGGAACACACAGAUAUGAUGAGGCUCAAGUUGCCGAACUGCUGGUCAAGUACAUUACGCACCGCUAUAUAUGA